AUGUGGUUGCUUGUCCUUGCGACAGUCCUAGUCCUCACGGACGGGGGUUUCGGUGCUUCCAACUCCUCCAACUCCACGAACUCCACCUAUAUCGACCCGAUCAAGAAUUUCUGCCAACGGUUAUGGCAUCAAUGUUGGUGGGCCCCAAUUACCCCUAUACGAGUACGAGCCGGUACCCAGACUCGCAAAAGACUGACAAUCGCAGCUGUUGUGAAAGAUGAUGUCCUCUAUAUCGAUGGUGGCCUUGAGGUCUUCAUUCCGUACAACAACCAUGGGAAUCCCGAACAAGGCAUACCCAUAGUCGGAACUAGUACGCUUCCGAAAUCACACCCUUGUUUGAAAAAGAAAAAUACACUCACCCUUCGCGCAGAUACUUACAUGGUGAUGGUUGGCCUGAACUCGUCCUGGAACUGGCAAACAAAUAUCUCAAUAACCGCAGUCAACAAAACAGUCAAUACAAACACCGGAACUCUACCCCCAUCAAACGUCCGCGGCGCAAUGUACGCCGGUACAAAUGAAGACUCCAACGUUUAUUCGUACGGAGGGACUUCCUCCUACGCCAACCGAAGCUUCCCGGGUUUUCUGUUCCCCACGGCGCCAACAUACACCCUCUGGUCAUUCGAAGCACAAGAGAAGGCCUGGGGUCAAUAUGAUAUAUCGCUCGACGUGCCAAUACGACCAGCUGGGGGCGCAUACGCAGAAGUGACAGGCCGUGGAAUGGGAUUUUACUUGAAUGGGUUCAUUGAUAAUGGCUCCAAUCCCGAUUACCAGUAUUACACCGAUUUCCGAAGAUACCUGGACGGUCUGGUGGUGCUCAACACCACGACGCAAGAAGCGAAGAACCUUUCCACCUCGUCUUUAGAGAAUUACCCCCGCGCCAUGGGCGGGCUGGUAUACCUGCCAAACAUCGGCACAGAAGGAAUCUUGGUUUCGAUGGGCGGAGUGACAAAACCAACAAGCAAUGAUGCCCUGUCAGAUAUGGGGACAUAUAUCCCCUUCGAUAGUGUUGAUUUCCUCGACGUAGCAUCUAUUGACAACGGCAACUCGGACGGAAAUUGGUACUCACAGAACACAACAGGCGACAUACCCGCACCACGAACAGACUUCUGCCUCGUGACAGUAUCAGCGCCGGAUAACUCAAGUCACAGCAUCUACCUCUACGGCGGGAAAGGCGAGGAAAACGUCUAUGACCAGACAUACGUUUUAUCGAUCCCGUCAUUCAUAUGGAUCAAGAUAAUGGAAGGGGCCUCACCUCGCUACGCACACUCCUGCCACGUCGUUGGGAAAUCCCAGAUGUUGACCGAGUGUUGCGAUAUUGAAUUUGAAGAAUUCCCAAUGGGGAAUGUCUUCGACUACAAUGCCGGCGAGUACGAACUGCCAGCGAAGAUUAUUAAUGUUAUUGGUGGAAGCGCAACAGGAAACGCCACAGUAACCAGCCCCCCCUCCGGCUUCAGCAACAAAGAAGUAGAAACAUACUUCAACAACCCCAGCGCCCUUUUACCAGCCUCAAAACCCCACCUCACAGGCCCGAAAAUCACCGGUGUCGCAAUCGGCUCAUUAGCCGGCGCCAUUAUACUCCUCGGCGGCAGCGCAUACUACUACAUCAACAACCGGCGCAAACGCAAACAAAUAGCGAAAGACAGCGACCAAGAACAAAACAUGCGCGAAGCCCCGGGCCAACAUAAUGGUAUUUAUGAAGCGCCGCCGGACUCGGUGACGGCUCGCUUUGCUCGGGCGAUCUUUCGGAAUCGUGCGAGAAGGGCGGAACUUGAGCCGCACCCGCCUGUUGUUCAUGAGAUGGAUGCGGAUCCGCAGGUUUUUGAACUUCCUGGUAGGAAUUCCAGGGUCGAGAGGGGGGAUGAUGAAGAGGAUAAAAAAGAUUAG